AUGACCCUGCGCCAGCAGAGCUCACCGGCCCCUACGGCCACGAGCAUCUUCUCGCCGACAUCGCCCGUCCCCUCUGCUGUUCCCGUGCCCUUGCCAGAUCGGACUGCAGACAAUGACAGCGGCACCGCCAGCGCAGAAGACGACGGCAGCAGUGCCGUUGACGGCGAUGACACGACGCCAGAGGACAACAACUGCAGCCGGGAUGACGACGACUUCGCCCAACCCCGGCUCCGGCUCAAGAUUCCGGACCUGGAGCACUCAGGCGCGGCCAAGUUCCUGGGCGCCGUCAACGCCGGCACACUGGUGGCCGAGUCUAUCGCCAAAGUGCAACGGCUCCUGUACCGGUCGCCCUCGGAGACGCACACGACGGCGCCGCCGACCCGGUCCGUGACGCUCGUCCUCCGCGAAAUGGACGGCGUUGCGUAUACCACAGGGAGCAGUCUCGAUAGCGAUCACAAAGAAAUACACUUUUCUCUCAGCUACAUCGACGGCAUCAAGCCCGCCGAGCGCCUGACAGACGAGAUCACCGGCGUUGUGGUCCAUGAGCUAGUCCACUGCUACCAGUGGGAUGCAAAGGGGACUUGCCCGGGGGGGUUAAUCGAGGGGAUUGCCGACUGGGUUCGGCUCAACUGCGACCUCAGCCCGCCGCACUGGAAGCGGGAGACGAGCGGGAAUUGGGAUGGCGGCUACCAACAUACCGCCUAUUUCCUCCAGUACUUGGAAGGCCGGUACGGGGAGGGGACAGUCCGCAAGAUGAACGAGAAGCUGCGGCUCCACGAAUAUGAGGCCAAACCCUUCUGGGUAGAAUUACUAGGACGACCCGUUGAGCAGUUGUGGGAAGACUACGUCAAGAAAGUAGCGGAUGAGGCACCUACGGAUGAUCAGACGUCAUCAUAG